CUCCCUAUACAUUGCGAGCAGCCUAUAUUUUUUACUACUAAUAGUCCAGAACUGCCAAGGUCCUCAUAGGCCUUAUAGUUUCAGACAUGGCAGGGAGAUGUAUCUUAAAAUGUGUGCAACCCAAAAAUAUUAUACCACAAAUAUAUAUUCGCUGUGCCUCCACAGCAGGAUUGUCUGGAUUUGAAAUCCAGCACAAAACACCAACUAUAAAAAAAGUUAUGCCGAUUCCUAAAGCUCAUUACGGUGGACGUCAUACUGUCACUCUUUUGCCAGGUGCUGGUAUUGGGCCUGAGUUGAUGAGUUAUGUCAAAGAGAUAUUUAGAUAUGCUGGUGUACCAGUUGAUUUUGAAGAAAUUCAUAUCGACCCCAAUUCAGACACAAAUGAUGAUUUAGAUUAUGCCAUAACUUCAAUUCGUAGAAAUGGAGUUGCUUUAAAAGGAAACAUUGAAACACGAAGUAAAGAUGUUGGAGUAAUAUCAAGGAACGUAGCUCUUCGCAAUGAGCUAGAUUUAUAUGUCAAUGCUUUGCAUUGUGUAUCUUACCCAGGUGUCACUAAUUCAAGACAAAAAAAUAUUGAUCUUGUUAUUAUACGACAAAAUACAGAGGGUGAAUAUGCUAUGUUGGAACAUGAAAGUGUUCCAGGUGUUGUAGAAAGCAUGAAAGUUAUAACACGAUCUAACUCUGAAAGAUUGGCAAGAUAUGCUUUUGAAUAUGCUCGAAGACAUGGCAGGAAAAAGGUCACCACAAUCCACAAAGCCAACAUUAUGAAGCUCUCUGAUGGUCUCUUUUUAGAAACUUCCAGAAAAGUUGCAAAAGAAUAUCCAGAAAUUGCUCUUGGUGAUAUGAUUAUUGACAAUACUUGCAUGCAGUUAGUUUCAAAUCCACAUCAAUUUGAUGUUAUGUUGACAACAAAUUUGUAUGGAUCAAUCGUUUCAAAUGUUGUUUGUGGACUUUUGGGAGGAGCUGGUUUAUUAGCUGGUAAAAAUUAUGGAGAUCAUUAUACAGUAUUUGAGCCAGCGACACGUAAUACAGGUGCAAGUAUAGCUGGAAAAAACAUUGCCAAUCCAAUAGCAAUGUUAAAUGCUGCAGUUGAUAUGUUACGCCAUCUUGGACACAAAAGUCAUGCAGCUUUGAUACAAAAUGCAAUUAAUAAAACAGUAAAUGCUGGUAUUAUAACCAAAGAUUUAGGAGGAGCUUCAACUAGCAGGGAUGUUAUUGAUAACAUUUUGAAAUGCAUUAAGCAAGCUCAAAAUUAAGAAGACUGACUGUCACAAAGAAGUCUCAAUUUUAUUGUAAUCAAUUUGUGAUAUCUAACAACAAGUAAUUUAAAACUCUUGCACCUGUUCUAAGCAUUAUUUGAUUACAUAAAAAUAAUAAUCGUGCAGUAUUGAUUUUUCAAAAAAAGAGAAUAUGCUUUAUUAAAAUAUUUCAUGGUCAAAUUAGGUUUCCAUGACAUUAAAUUAAUUUAAAAUAAGUAUCAAAAUUUAUCUGAAUACCUAAAAUUUUGGAAUUUUUAUUCAAUCUACUAUACAUUUUCUGUAAGUAUUUUCAUUUAUCCAUGAAUAAGUUAUCAACAUUGUACUCAGUCAAGUAUUAAACAACAGCAAUAAAAGAUGUUGAACAUCUUAUUUACUAAUGUAAGAAUAAAAUAAAAACAAAACGAAUUCAACUUU